UCGGUUGCUUAAGAGUGUGGCUUGCGACAGAGAACAUACACACACACAGAGCGCCAGUUUAAAAAUUUCGGGACGCAAAGGAUUAAGAAAAAGGGGAAAAAUAGUGCAAACAAACUCCUGGAGCUGGGAUUUUCGGUGGUUCAGUUCGGUGCAGUGUGUUUGCGUGUGGGCGUGUGUGGAAGAGCAGAACACCGGAUGGCCAUGUUUUGUCUAGCUUUGGUCACGGUUGCGUUUGUGCUAGCCGGGGCACCACAACCGUGUCGCUGUGAUCGUACACAACCCGAUGGCAGCGAUUUAGCGCUCCGAGCUACGCUAUCGAGUGAUAACGCGUUGGGUGGUAACGUUUGGAGCAGAAUCCGCGAGCGGGUGCUUAGCGGUGAUGAUGGGAACAAUUUGAUUUCGUCUGGCAAGUACCCACACGCCGUACCGCCAUCUACCGAGCUGAUGUUUCUCGAAUCGUUGAUCAAUCGCUACCGGAAGUACAUGGUGGAACGAGUUGUACGGUUUGAUGACGCGUGUUCGUUGCUGUUUGGCGGCGAGGGCGACCGGGAGGACGAUGAUGCGGACGAGAUUGGAGAACCGCCACAGGUCGCGGUCGAAUCGCGCGCUGAAAUAUCGCACAGCAGAGAUCGCCCCACUGCGCUGGUGGACGGUAGCAUCGGAAGUUCCUUCAAGGGUAAUGGGGUGGUGGGGUCGUUUCGACCGGAAAUCAACGCAUCGAACCAACUGCAACGAGAUGGUCUGACGAUGCAACUUACACGAUCGACCCAUAAUGGUUUAUGUUCGCGAAACGUGAAACAGUACUACCAGUGUCUUCUGGAGCGCUUCAACGAUCAGCAACUGAUCGGGAUGGUGCGGGACUAUCUGGAAUCGUACUGCUCCCGGCAGGGUCCGUUCGACCGCAGUUUGGCAGCGCUUCAGAAACGUGACACACCGCGCUACGUGUCGAAGCAAAAGUUCCACUCGUGGGGCGGCAAACGGAACACGGCACAGGUGUUUUAUCCGUGGGGUGGUAAACGCACCAUACCGCGCGCCCACAAACAACCGAAGGUGGUCAUCCGGAAUCCGUUCCACUCGUGGGGUGGCAAACGAAGCGGAUUGACGGACGAAGAUUCGUCCUCCACCUGAUCGGACCGGUGUUAACUAGACAGUCGUCGCUUCUCAGGUAGUAGGAAGAUUUUGUCCCUGGUAAGAUGAGGGAAACACGCCAGCAACCGUCGUCACCGAUCACCAGCCAUUCGAAGCUUACCCCUCCGGUCAGUGCAUGUUUUGUGGUGUAUUAUACUAUUGCUAUCGUCCAGUUGCUAAACGCCAUUCAAUGCUCCCCGUAAGCAGUUCGCUCGCACAUUCGCAAAAUACUAACAGACAUACACACACA